GGUUUUCCCCUCCCAUGUGCUCGACUGGCGCUAAAAGUUUGGAGCUUCUCAAAAGUCUAGAGCCACCAUCCAGGCAGCAGGUAGCUGCGGGGCUCCGGGGACACUUGGCGUCCGGGCUGGAAGCGUGCUUUCCAAGACGGUGACACGCUUCCCUGAGGAUUGGCAGCCAGACUGCCUUACGGGUCACUGCCAUGGAGGAGCCGCAGUCAGAUCCCAGCAUCGAGCCCCCUCUGAGUCAGGAAACAUUUUCAGACCUAUGGAAACUGUGAGUAGACCCAUGGGAGGGGCAGACCCACUGUCCCCACCCCAACCCCAGCCCCCUAGCAGAGGCCUGUGGGAAGCAAAAAAAAUCCAUGGGACUGACUUUUUGCUCUUGUCUUUCAGACUUCCUGAAAACAACGUUUUGUCCCCCUUGCCAUCCCAAGCGGUGGAUGAUUUGAUGCUAUCUCCGGAUGAUCUUGCACAAUGGUUAACUGAAGACCCAGGUCCAGAUGAAGCUCCCAGAAUGUCAGAGGCUGCUCCCCCCAUGGCCCCCACACCAGCAGCUCCUACACCGGCGGCCCCUGCACCAGCCCCCUCCUGGCCCUUGUCAUCCUCUGUCCCUUCCCAGAAAACCUACCACGGCAGCUACGGUUUCCGUCUGGGCUUCCUGCAUUCUGGAACAGCCAAGUCUGUGACUUGCACGUACUCCCCUGACCUCAACAAGAUGUUUUGCCAGCUGGCCAAGACCUGCCCCGUGCAGCUGUGGGUUGAUUCCACACCCCCGCCCGGCAGCCGCGUCCGCGCCAUGGCCAUCUACAAGCAGUCACAGCACAUGACUGAGGUCGUGAGGCGCUGCCCCCACCAUGAGCGCUGCUCAGACAGCGAUGGACUGGCCCCUCCUCAACAUCUUAUCCGAGUGGAAGGAAAUUUGCGUGUGGAGUAUUCGGAUGACAGAAACACUUUUCGACAUAGUGUGGUGGUGCCCUAUGAGCCGCCUGAGGUUGGCUCUGACUGUACCACCAUCCACUACAACUACAUGUGUAACAGUUCCUGCAUGGGCGGCAUGAACCGGAGGCCCAUCCUCACAAUUAUCACACUGGAAGACUCCAGUGGUAAUCUACUGGGACGGAACAGCUUUGAGGUGCGAGUUUGUGCCUGUCCUGGGAGAGACCGGCGCACGGAGGAAGAGAAUUUCCGCAAGAAAGGGGAGCCUUGCCACGAGCUGCCCCCUGGGAGCACUAAGCGAGCACUGCCCAACAACACCAGCUCCUCUCCCCAGCCAAAGAAGAAACCACUGGAUGGAGAAUAUUUCACCCUUCAGAUCCGCGGGCGUGAGCGCUUCGAGAUGUUCCGAGAGCUGAAUGAGGCCUUGGAACUCAAGGAUGCCCAGGCUGGGAAAGAGCCAGCGGGGAGCAGGGCUCACUCCAGCCACCUGAAGUCCAAGAAGGGGCAAUCUACCUCCCGCCAUAAAAAAUUCAUGUUCAAGACAGAGGGGCCUGACUCAGACUGACAUUCUCAGCUUCUUGUUCCCCCACUGAGCCUCCCACCCCCAUCUCUCCCUCCCCUGCCAUUUUGAGUUCUGGGUCUUUAAACCCUUGCUUGCAAUAGGUGUGUGUCAGAAGCACCCAGGAGUUCCGUUUGCUUUGUCCCGGGGCUCGACUGAACAAGUUGGCCUGCACUGGUGUUUUGUUGUGGGGAGGAGGAUGGGGGGUAGGACAUAACCAGCUUAGAUUUUAAGGUUUUUACUGUGAGGGAUGUUUGGGAGAUGUAAGAAAUGUUCUUGCAGGUAAGGGUUAGUUUACAAUCAGCCACAUUCUAGGUGACACCCCACUUCACCGUACUAACCAGGGAAGCUGUCCCUCACUGUUCAAUUUCCUCUAACUUCAAGGCCCAUAUCUAUGAAAUGCUGGCAUUUGCACCUACCUCACAGAGUGUGUUGUGAGGGUUAAUGAAAUAAUGUAUGUCUGGCCUUGAAACCACCUUUUAUUACAUGGGGUCUAGAACUUGACCCCCUUGAGGGUGCUCGUUCCCUCUCCCUGUUGGUCGGUGGGUUGGUAGUUUCUACAGCUGGGCAGCUGUUAAGUAGAGGGAGUUGCCAAGUCCCUGCUGGCCCGGCCAAACCCUUGUCUGAGAACCUGUUGGUGAACCUUAGCACCUAAAAGGAAAUCUCAUCCCAUCCCACACCCUGGAGGAUUUCAUCUCUUGUCUAUGAUGAUCUGGAUCCACCAAGACUUGUUUUAUGCUCAGGGUCAAUUUCUUUUCUUUUUUUUUUUUUUUUUUUCUUUGAGACUGGGUCUCACUCUGUUGCCCAGGCUGGAGUGGAGUGGCGUGAUCUUGGCUCACUGCAGCCUUUGCCUCCCCGGCUCAAGCAGUCCUGCCUCAGCCUCCGGAGUAGCUGGGACCACAGGUUCAUGCCACCACGGCCAGCCAAUUUUUGCAUGUUUGGUAGAGAUGGGGUCUCACAAUGUUGCCCAGGCUGGUCUCAAACUCCUGGGCUCAGGUGAUCCGCCUGCCUCAGCCUCCCAGAGUUCUGGGAUUACAAGUGUGAGCCACCACAUCCAGCCAGAAGGGUCAAUCUCUUUUACAUUCUGCAAGCACGUCUGCAUUUUCACCCCACCCUUCCCCUCCUCCCUUUUUAUAUCCCAUUUUUAUACCGAUCUCUUAUUUUACAAUAAAACUUUGCUGCCA